ACCCACGAUACGUAUGCCGCUGGCUCCAAUAAUUCAGUUACGACAAUUUGAAAAAAAAAGUGGCCGAAUCAAUCAGUUACCGGCACCGUAAAGAAAACUCAAAAAUAAAUGGCGCGAAGUAUAAACGUCACUUUUAGAACUUUUUAUUGUUUGCAUUUAAUUACAUAGUUUAAUUUAUAGUUUUGUGAAAUGUGACUUGAUUGUUUUUAAUUAAUUGUAAAUAUGUUGCGGUGCUGGAGGACUGUGAUUUUGGCAGUUGUAUUGUUUUGGUGUUUUAAAACAAAUGCAGAGCAGUUUGGGGAUGAUAUCUAUUCAAAAGAACUCUUAAAAUAUUUGACAGAAGCCGAGAAGACCUUUUUACUAGGAAGUCGACCACAUGAAGCACAUUUCGAAGUUGCGCAUUUAAGCCGACCACGUCGAUACAAAAGGUCACUCGGUAAUAACGACAAAAGCAUUGCCGAUUUGAAAGGGCAUUUAGAUAUUAAGCUUAAGCUCAGAAACAGUUUCCUAGACCCGCACUUCCUCAUGCUGCGAAGAUGGUCGAACAAUACUGAUCUAGUCGUUGACGCGCAUGCUGACGAUGAGUUGGACAUGUGUUACUACGGUAGCGAUAACGCUGCUUUGUUUAUUUGUGAAAAUAUUAGAGGCGUAGUCAAAUCUAAUGAUAGUUACUAUUUAAUACAUCCGUUACCAGAAAGGUUCCAUACGGAUGAUACAAAAGCACAUAUUAUAAUCAAAAGACGUAUGGUCGAUACCAAUAACCACUUAGAAGAAAACGUUUCAUGUGUAGAGAAAGAUAAAAAAAAUACAACUUUGGUAGAUCAAAAAUUAUGGACCAAGCACAGAAGGAAAAGGGAUAUUAUAACUGAAAAUAAACCGGAUAAUACAAGAUUAAAAGAAUUCAAACUGAAUUUAGCUCACAGAAAUAGGACAAUAGGAAAGUUCAUUGAGAAACUAGCGACGCAAUCGAUAAGAGAGAAACGGGCAAUUCAACCUGCGAUUUUUGUCGAAACAGCCGUAUUUGUAGAUAGGGACUUAUACAAACAUAUGACAUUGAAUUUUCCUAAAGACACAGAAAGAGAAUUGGUUAGAUUUGUUUUAGCUAUGAUAAAUGCAGUCCAAUUGUUAUACCAUGACCCAUCUCUAGGAAGGCCGGUCAAUUUUAUACUGAAAAGACUCGAAAUAUUACAUGAAGAUCCUGCAAAUUUGAAAAGACCACACGAUAUAGAUAGGUUUUUAAGUAAUUUCUGCACAUGGCAACGAUUGGAAAACCCACCUGGAGACAACGAUCCGCUGCAUUGGGACCAUGCUUUGAUACUGACCGGUCUGGAUUUGUAUGUUGUAAAUAAAAAUGGAAAAGUUAGCAGUCAAGUCGUUGGCUUAGCUCCAGUGGCUGGUAUGUGUACUGUAACAAGCAGUUGCACCGUGAACGAAGGAAGGCAUUUCGAAAGCGUUUAUGUCGUGGCACAUGAAAUUGGACACAAUUUGGGCAUGAGGCACGACGGACCGUCUGCCGACAAUGGGUGUGAUCCCAGCGCGUUCCUCAUGAGCCCGACUCUUGGGAGCGGGAAGAUUACCUGGUCGCAGUGCAGCAAGAACUACCUACAGAAGUUUCUGGACACUGUCCAGUCUCGGUGUCUGCUGGAUCACGGGAACUCAGCUGGUCAGCUGGACCACAGCGCAGAGGGAAUCCUGCCCGGGGAGAGAUUUGACGCCGAUCAACAAUGUAUGCUAAAAUACGGUCGAGGCAGCAGGCACUCGGCUGCACAGAACUUAGAGGACAUCUGCCGGGACCUCCACUGUCAGAGGGAGAGGUACACGUGGACCUCCCAUCCAGCCCUCGAAGGAACUAAGUGUGGCGACGAUAUGUAUUGUCGAGGCGGGGAGUGCGCGGAGCGGGGAGGGCGAGGCGCGCGGGGCGGUGCGGGGCGUUGGGGGCGGUGGGGCGCGUGGUCCGAGUGCGCGUCCGCCUGCUUGCUGGACGACGCGCUGGCGCCCGCCGCGGCCGGCGUCUCCGUGGCCACUCGGCGCUGCAACCGGCACAGACACGACGACGACAACUUUUGUCCCGGACACGACAAGAAGUAUCAAUCCUGUCACGCGGAACAGUGUGACAACGUUCCCCGCAUGACCGUCCGAGAAUUCGCCGAUCAGAUCUGCACGCGGGCCAGGGACGUGGAUCCGGACCUCAUCGGGACCGGACUACAGAGGAUCGACUCUGACGACGUGAGCAGCGCAUGCGCAGUGUGGUGCGACACGCGCGGCGGCGGCUACAAGUCCCGGGGCUGGAGUCUCCCCGACGGAACUGCGUGUUCCAGGGUGUCUCCGAUGUUCUGUAUCAGUGGAAUAUGUCAGAAAUUUACGUGCUCUUCGACCAUUGAUUCGGAGUUCUCGCUAAAACCGAGCGACUGUGAAUGGGAAGCUUUACAGGCAGCGCCUACCGAGUCGACCGCUCGCGGCAAGUCGUCGGGUCCGUGGCGGCGCGCGGCCGAGUGGGUGGCGGCGAGCGGCUGCCACUACCACUGCAUCGCGCCCGGCGCCGGCCUGCGCCUCGUGCGCGCCGCCGCCUCGUCGCGCACCUCCAUACAGCUGUGCGCGCCCGCCGCUGCGCAGCCGCACCGGGGUUGCACGCGAAGGAAGUCGCCGUACCAGUACGCAACAAUGGUCUGCAGCAAAUACAAAGAACGCGUCAGAAGACUAUCAGGCCUCGGCAUGCAGAUAUCACCGGCUCUAGAGGACCCGGACCGGCCGUGCCGCAUCGCGUGCCAGGACGAGCGCGUCGCGCACCGCUUCUACUUGGUCAACGGGCACGAGGGCUGGUUCCCGCUGGGCACGGCCUGCGGGCACAACAACGCCUCCUACUGCGUCAGCGGGAAGUGCUUGGAGUUCGGCGGAGACAACACCCCGGUCCCGGAGACGGUGUACGCGCUGCCGCUGCUGCCGCGCCGCGUCACCCGCAGCCUCACCGCGCGGAUCGACGCCUCGCACCUCGACGACCUCAUCACCGCGCUCAACCUCACACAUACCCCGGAGGCUCACAUAACGUAUUACGACAGUAUACCAGACAACGUCGAAGUGGACUUCAACAAUCCCAUACACAUAUCUCCGGAGGACACGUUAUUGAGGAAAAAACAGAGACCGACGUGGGACUGAAUAAAUCAUCUCAACUGAAUAUUUUGUCAUUAAAAUUAUGCGGGACCAUGAUAAUAUCAAUGUCCAAUCUGAGGUGGUCUGUUGCAAAAAGAAAGAAAAACUCUACCACCUGCCUCUCUCUGUCUCUUUCACACACCCGCCCUUCAUAGUUUCAGAUCACAUCUUCUAAGUAAUGUAAACUAAAUUGCAAUAGAAAAAAUACACAGUUCACC